CUGCCUUAGAGUGUUCUUCUUUGUCUUCCGCCUUCUUCCGCUUGAGGGGGGAGGGAGGAGGGAGGAGCGAGAAGGAGCGAAAAAUGCUACCAACUGCCAACCUUGAUAUUUCGAUGAACUUUGUAAAGAGACAGCACAAAGCGCGGUAGGUGGCAAAAAUGUCAAAACAAAAUUAUUAAAAAAAUAAAAUUUGAUAAAUGAACGUUUUCUUUUCUUCUAUGUUCUUUAGUUGUUUCUUUGAAGUAUAGUAUGCUGGGGUUGGUUUCACAGGAGCAGAAGCAGAAUGUGUCCAGCAAAACAACAACAAACAUGGCACGUCUGAUGUGCGAUGCGAUCGCAGAUAUUUAUGUUCUCAUUUCUUAAAGAGUGACUAUCAGAUGAUCUCAAAUAUUUUUCACGUACGCUUUGUUAUUGCGAUUGUCUAUUAUGGCGCUUCUCGAGUCAGUUUCUACUUAUUUUUACAGGGUCAAUGCCAGUGUCACGUAAAAUGAGUAUCCGUGGAAAUAUCGCCCCAAAAGACUAUCUUCGACGGAUGAACCAUCUUGCAAGUGUCUUCUUUAUAACCGUUGGUUAACCUUAACAAGGGUUAUUGCGCCCAAGAUGGUUACUUACCUGCCUCAAGGUAGCCAUAUUAUGAAAGGGGCACAAGUUCCUCGGUGCUCCUUGCCGUCAAUGUCUUCUGGGCGACAAUCAAUCAUCCUAAAGGACCCAUUUCUCUCUGCAGCAGCAUUUUUAAUGGUGGAUUCUUUGCCAUGCAAUAAAAGCACAAGCUCCUCAUACGCUCUUCGCUGUCAAUGUCCUUAAAUCAGAUUUAAUUUUUAAGAAGCAUAUGACACUGUCAAAGUUGUGACCUCAUUGCAGAAUGUGUUGUGUAAUUAUUUCCUACUGAAAAGAAAUUUGUGCAAAAUGUGUGUGGCAGUUGUUGGACUGAUAGACAAAUACUCUUGUUAUUUAGCUUCUUUGCCUAUUGUGCUUUUCUGUGAUAUUGCAGUGUACUCCUAGGUACACACAACAUUUAAUUUUUGCUUCUCUUGAGAAUUGUAGCUGGUAGUUUCUUCACCAAAGUCUCAUGUAAUCCUUGUAAACCCCCCAAAUUUUAAUUAAAUAAUUUGUAAAGGUU